GUGGCAAUCACACGCUGAUUCUUCUCUACCAACCACAAAGACAUUGGCACCCUUUAUCUUGUAUUUGGUGCCUGAGCCGGAAUAGUAGGAACUGCCCUAAGCCUUCUAAUCCGAGCCGAACUGAGCCAACCCGGAUCACUUCUCGGCGACGAUCAAAUUUAUAAUGUAAUCGUUACCGCCCACGCCUUUGUUAUAAUCUUCUUUAUAGUAAUACCCAUCUUAAUUGGGGGAUUUGGAAACUGACUUGUACCGCUAAUGAUUGGAGCCCCUGAUAUGGCAUUUCCCCGGAUAAACAACAUAAGCUUCUGACUUCUGCCCCCCUCAUUCCUUCUGCUGGUGGCCUCUUCCGGGGUUGAAGCCGGGGCCGGAACGGGGUGAACAGUAUAUCCCCCACUUGCGGGUAAUCUUGCCCAUGCCGGAGCCUCUGUAGAUUUAACUAUUUUUUCCCUACACUUGGCAGGUGUUUCGUCAAUUCUCGGAGCAAUCAACUUUAUUACCACAACAAUUAACAUGAAACCUCCAGCCAUCUCCCAAUAUCAGACACCCCUAUUCGUAUGGGCCGUACUUGUAACAGCUGUCCUUCUUCUUCUAUCCCUGCCAGUCCUGGCCGCAGGAAUUACUAUACUUCUGACAGACCGAAACCUAAACACAACAUUCUUUGACCCCGCGGGGGGAGGAGACCCAAUCCUCUACCAACACCUAUUUUGAUUCUUUGGCCACCCAGAGGUUUACAUCCUUAUCUUACCAGGAUUUGGUAUUAUUUCCCACGUCGUGGCCUACUAUGCAGGGAAAAAAGAACCGUUUGGCUAUAUGGGUAUAGUAUGAGCCAUAAUGGCCAUCGGCCUUCUAGGCUUUAUUGUAUGAGCCCACCACAUGUUCACGGUUGGAAUGGACGUAGACACUCGUGCUUACUUCACAUCCGCGACCAUAAUUAUUGCAAUUCCAACAGGUGUAAAAGUAUUUAGCUGAUUAGCCACUCUUCACGGAGGGUCAAUUAAAUGAGAAACACCAAUACUGUGGGCUCUUGGGUUUAUCUUUUUGUUUACGGUGGGAGGACUGACUGGAAUUGUAUUAGCCAACUCAUCACUAGAUAUUGUGCUGCACGACACAUACUACGUAGUUGCACACUUCCACUACGUCCUCUCGAUGGGUGCCGUAUUCGCCAUCAUAGCAGCAUUCGUUCACUGGUUUCCAUUAUUUUCAGGAUACACCCUCCACAGCACAUGGACAAAAAUUCAUUUUGGGGUAAUAUUUAUUGGCGUUAACCUAACAUUCUUUCCCCAACAUUUCCUAGGCCUAGCCGGAAUGCCUCGACGAUACUCUGAUUACCCAGACGCCUAUGCCCUAUGAAACACAGUCUCCUCCAUUGGGUCUCUUAUCUCACUUGUGGCAGUAAUCAUGUUCCUCUUCAUCCUGUGAGAAGCUUUCGCCGCUAAACGAGAAGUAAUAUCUGUGGAAUUAACCGCAACAAACGUAGAAUGACUGCAUGGAUGCCCUCCUCCCUACCACACGUUUGAAGAACCCGCAUUCGUUCAAGUCCAGUCAAAUUAA